AUUACCCACAAUGCAUCGCGGGGCGCUGUGGGCGCGUUGAUGCUGCAGGUUGGAGGUCGGUGCAGACUGUGCUGCAGCGGCGUGAGAGGAGCUGGAAUCUAGAAGUUUAUUUAGAACUUAAUCGCUUCCGGUCACCAUCCCGACUGGAGGCGGGAAUCCAACAUGGCGCCUUUCAGCUUUCUGACAGCCGCCGCUGUCUUCGUGGGGAGGUCACUGAGCUCUGUGUGCGCGAGGACGCCUGUCAGAUGCACCAGCAUCUUCGACCCAGUGAAGUACCUGACGUCCCAGACCAGCGGCCCCCCAAAGAGACCCCUAAAUGGAUACAUGAGAUACGUUCUGCAGCAGAAGCCAAUCGUGACUCGUCAGAACCCAGAGACCAAGCUGGUGGACAUCAUCAGGAAGAUUGCCCAGCAGUGGAGGACGCUAAGCCCAGAGGAGAAGAAGCCUUUCCAGGAGGCCUCUGUCCAGGCCAUGAAGCAAUUCAAGGUGGACUUCCAGAAGUACCAGGCCCAGCUGACCCCGGCCCAGCUCCAGCAGCAAGCUAUGGAAAGGAGGCAGAGGAUGGCCAAGAGGAAGGCCAUUCGGAAGAAGAGGGAACUGACGGUCCUUGGGAAACCCAAACGGCCCAGAUCUCCAUUCAACAUCUUCAUGUCUGAGCACUUCCAGGAGGCCAGAGGAACCAGCACCCAGGCCAAAAUGAAGUCUCUGCUGGAGGACUGGAGGAACUUGUUCAGUCACCAGAAACAGGUCUACAUCCAGCUGGCUGAAGAUGACAAGAUCCGUUACAAGAACGAGAUCAAGUCCUGGGAAGAUCACAUGGCAGACAUUGGACGAGAAGAUCUGAUCCGGGAGCAGACCCGGCCCAGGAAGAAAAAAGUUCCUGCAGUGAAGGACACCAAGAAGACCCAAGUGGUAAAGAAGACCUCUCCAUCACGGAGGUCUAAAGCUGCUACUAAGACCAAGUCUGCAAAAACUGUGAAAAAGGGACCUUCUAAGAAGUGAUCAGAGGUGGGUCCAUCCAGGAGGAGCAGAACUCUGGACCCAGUGGCUGGUUCUGCUCCCCUGGACGCCACUCUCUUCUUCUUUUUGUACAGCGCUGUUUCUAAAAUAAACCGUCUUUAGGUCUGUUUUCCAGAA